AUGCCCUACCGCAUAUGGUCGUUCAGGCUCCUGUGCGGGCAGCCCAACUGCCACCGGGCUGGGCAGCGUCUGACGUCCUGCGGACUGUACAAGACGGUCAGGAGGGUGCUGGACAUAGACGGCUGGUACUUCAUGGCCACGGAGUACCUGGAAUGCCGUCUGUGUAAGAAGAAGGUGGCGGGCUGGUCACGGGACAUCUUGAAGCAGCUGGACCCUGCGCACCGCGCAGAGUUUCCGGCCAUCCUGACGUAUAGGUUGUCCUGUGACCUGAAGGUGGUGAGGCUGAUGCGUCAGCGCUCCCUCGGCAACAGCGUGUCCAUGCUGUUCAACAAGCUGAGGGAGCAGCACAGUGAGACCUGGAUGGCACGCACACUGCAAUAUCUGGCAGUGUGCGACAGGUUUCAGGUCCCUGGCGCUGACGCACGGCAGGUGGCACCACCACCACCCAUGGUGCCCGUCCCCUCACCCCAGUGGCUCCUCACGGUGCAUGCCGAGGAUGUCAGGGCUCGCAUCGGGGAGAUGAAGGCCAGGGUCACCUCCAUUUUUGGAUCCGUCUUGAAGAUGGAUUCCACAAAGAAGGUGACCAAGAAGCUGGCGGGCGCGGCGGCAAGAACCAUGGCCUGGGCAACCAACGUGGGCAACAAGCACGGGCAAGUCCUCAUGUCCGUGCUCACCGCCCAUGAGGGUGACGGGCUGUUGCCAAUGGCCACGGGGCUGAUGCGGCGCUACCGCGAAGCUGGAGUCCCUCCGCCCAAGCUCCUGUACGUGGACAGGGACUGCUGCUCUUCGGUGGGGAAGUCGAAAGCGGCAGCCAUGUUCUGCGAAUGGGAGGAGCUGGUCGUCAGGCUGGACGUGUGGCACCUGAUGCGAAGGUUCGCUGUGGGCGUCACCACCGACAGCCACCAGCUCUACGGCCUGUUCAUGGCGAAGCUGUCGUCGUGCAUCUUCGAGUGGGACAGUGCAGACGUGGCUCGUCUGAUGCAGGCCGUUCGGGCGGAACUGGAGGGGAAGCAGGGCAUCGUGGGCCUGACUGAAGACCAGCUGACUGGCAGGCUGACCGCGAAGAUGCUGGCUCGGCACUGUCGCCGCCGUACCCGCGGGGCACAGGAGACCGAGCAGCUCAUCGCUCAGCUGCUGGCGGCCUUCAGAGACGUGAAGGACACGAUGGGCAUCCCCCUGCUGGACAACCAAAGGAUGGACGCCAUAUGGGACACCCAGAGGCGCCACCUUGGUUGCAUCCAAGACCCUCCUGGAUUCCAGCUGUACACGGAGACGGGGCAGCUGACCAAGGGAGGCACCGUCCUCCCCACCUACCGCUGCGCGCGUGGCUCCACCUCGUUGGAGUCGUUCCACCUCCACCUCAACCGCUUCAUCCCUGGGACCUCUGCGAACGCGGAGAAUUUCCAGGCCUACCUGCUGGAAGGGUUGGCGCAGUGGAACGAGGACAGAGCGGCGGCAGCGGUAGACCAGCCGGAGCAGGUGCUGCGUUGCUACGGUGGGCAACUGCAGCACAGCCUCAACCAGCUGAGCCAGCGGCUGCUGGGCCGCAAGCUGGUUGAGGACUACACAAAGCCGGGGGAGUACACAGGAGAGCUCAUCGGGGUGGAGUACCUCUACUCCCAGCAGUGCUUGGUGCUGAGGGAGGACAUCGGCCAUGACCCUGACGCCCCCGACGGCACCCCCCGAUCUGCAGCUGCUGACGACGACGACGACGACAGAGACGACAACGAUGGCGGCGAUGACGUUUUCAGAGGCCCUGACGGAGCCCCGGGGUACGACCGCGUGGUCAGGCUGGCGAGGUACCUGGUGGGGCUACGCGAGGAGCCCUGUGUCGCGGAGAGUCACGUUGCCACCAUCGUCUCUCUCUGGAACAACCUGCCGGAGAGAGACAGGCAGCGUGUCUCCUACCCACCGAGGCACAGGGAGCGGCUCCUUCAGGGCAGGUUCAAGGCCAGCCACUCGAAAACGUCAGUGUGUGCUGGGAAAGAAAGCCUGAAGCGCUGCCUGCUGGGCCAAGGCACCGGGCCUGCACAGUGGCCUAACGUGAGCAGACUGGUGGAGGCCAUCUGCCUGGAGCUCUGCUCACUUCACCCGGCUGGUCGGAAGAUCGCUGGGGUGAAGCAGAACCGCUGGACUGUCAUCCUGCAGGAUUACGGCAGGAUCAGACAGCUGGUUCUGAGCAGCCCGGGGCUCAUGCAGGCCACGUCGCUGCAGCUGUUUGAGAUCAACCAGCGUACGCUGUCCGUUUGGCAUAACGAUUUGGUGAAGAGGCGGGAGCAAGCCGUGCUCUCCAUGGACAUCCCUCUCCCCACUCCCAGCCUGACGACACCCACCCCUCUACCAGAGCCCAGGCAGAAGGAGCCAGAGCCAGCAGAACCUCCUUCUGACCUGAGGCCGUUCACCUUCGCCGCCCCUCCAGACCUGUCCGGGCAGGCUGUGCGGAGACGGCAGCCCCAGCCUGCUCCUGCUCCGCAGCCCCAGCCUGCUCCUGCUCCUGCUCCUGCUCCGCAGCCCCAGCCUGCUCCUCUGCCCUCUGCGUCCAUCCCGGCUGCCCCCUUACUUGUCCUGCUGAUGCCUGGGCUAGCCAGGACAGCUGCCCCGCCGACACCCCCGCCGGCUCCCUCGCAGUCAGACGUCCCCGGCAACCUGCCCGGGUUAAAGUCUUGGAGCCGGACCACCGAGUGGAGGCGGAGGAAGGCAGCUGAAGCCCAGGCCACUGAGCAGGGUCUCCCCGUGACACCACAUGUCACUCACCAGCACUAUACGUGCACCAAGUGUGGGCAGCCGCGGCGUCAACAGUAUGGACACAGGAGAUUUCGAAACAAAUUCUUCUGUGAGAGGGCAGAAGGGAUGUCCUUCGAGGACUGGAAGGCACGGCAGGAGUAG